UUCCACAUUGAGACACGUUUUUAUAUUUUCCACCCCCAAACUUUUCGUUUCUUUCCCUCAUCCACAACAGAUUCAUUUCCUUCCCCUUCCAUCCCCUCUCUCUCUAGCGCGCCAAAAUCUCUCUCAGAAAAACAAAUCCUGAACAAACCCUAAUCCUAGCAGACCACCAAAAAAUGGCGCCAAAAUCAAAAUCCAAUCAAGACCCAAAUUUCAAACCAGGCUCAAAAGUAGAAAUCAUGUCGGACGAGGCAGGGUUUAGAGGUUCAUUCUACAUAGGAACAGUGGUGAAGGCAACAAGAACCCCAGAAUUCACAGUCCGAUAUGAAAAACUGUUUGAAGAUGAAGAAGGGACAAAACCCUUGCAAGAAACCGUUAAUGAGUUCCAAAUAAGGCCAAUAGCACCAAGAGAGAAGAAGAGGGAGUUUAAGUUUAGUGAAGAAGUUGAUGCUUUUCAUAACGAUGGGUGGUGGGAAGGUGUGAUAACUGAGGUGAAUGAAAAUGGGAAGUUUGCUGUGUUUUUUAGGAGCACUAAAGAGCAGAUUGAGUUUGUUGAGGAGGAUUUGAGGUUGCAUAGAGAGUGGGUUAAUGGGGAGUGGAAACCACCAUUGGAUAGAGAAGAAGAGAAAGGUGAGAUAGAGGAGGUGAAAGAGAAGGGAAAUAAGGAUUCUAGAAAGAAAAAGAAACUCUCUGAAGAAGACGAGAACGAAGUGACGAAAGAGGUGAAAAGGAGGGUUAGCGAGAGAGUGCCCAAUACAACACUAGUGAAGCCUAUUGAAUCACUGAAAGAUGUGAAGUUUAGCAAGGGAAUGCUAGUUGAGGUUAGCAGUGACGAAGAUGGUUUUAAAGGUGCUUGGUUUGCUGCUAGUAUUGUUGAACCAGUGGGGAAGGACAAGUACCUUGUUGAGUACAAAAGCUUGAGAACAGAAGAUGAUAGUGGUUUUCUGAGGGAAGAGGUUAACACUAUGCACAUAAGGCCUCCACCUCCACAAACUGUAGUUGUUGAUCACUUCAAGAAGCUGGAAGAAGUUGAUGCUCUGUACAAUGAUGUCUGGUGGGUGGGUGUAGUUUCUAAGGUAAAUACUUUCCCAAAGUAUGUUGUCUACUUCAAGGAUACCGGUGAGGAAUUAGAGUUUAAGCACUCUGACUUAAGGCCACAUCAGGACUGGAUCAAUGGCAAAUGGGUCGCUCCUUCACAUGCUUUGAAGCUGUGAUUGCUGGAGAAAGUAGUAGAGCUUGGUGAGAGAACCUGCGGCUUUGGUGUAUAUAUACAUUGUAAUCCAUAUCAAUCUCCAUUUCCCUGGCCUAUGAUAGGGGCAGUGGAAUAUCUUGAGUUUUCUUACCCGACUGGGGUUGUAGAUUCUGCGGCUGAAUUACUAUACUAAAAAACUGAUACUAUUCAUCUUCAAAGAUGUCUAUCUGUUCAUUAUGCAUGAAACCUCUCUAGUGCAACCUUAAACCGAGCUCAUCAAAACAUAAGAUGUAUUGCUACAUUUCUUGAUGCCAUUUGAAGUUUCUUUCUACA